AGGCAGGCCAGCGUGUGGUGCAGCGCCAACCCCGUGCGCCAGCGGACGGUGUGGUUCGUCAAUGGUGGACUGGCCUUUUAGUUCAGAAGAGUGGAGAACUAAAAUGAUUGCCAAGUUCGCCGUUGCGAUCCGAAGAGUCCGAUCACUGACAUUGAUUCCAGCAGGCAGCGAAAAGCCCGCAUCCUCCCUUAUUCUGUUCCUAUAUUCCCAACACCUCCGGCCGCUUCUAUUGCAGCCCAAAAAUCCAUCGCUACUCCUCCUACCAGCAUCUCUGCCCUGCUUGAAGCAGUACAGCUGAGCAUCAUGGCCACCUCCGUCAUUCCCGGUACCAACGCCACUCCCGACUCUGUCAUCGUCGGCGGCAAGAGCUUCAACGAUGGCGGCAAGACCGGAUCGUCAAAAGACAGCAACGGGGCUGAGCUGAGCUACCUCAAGGGCCUUGUCUCUCAGCUGCAGGAGAAGAUCUCUCGGCUUGAGUCAUCCGCCGUUUCCUCUACCACUGGCGAAGGCGGCGUCGCCGAUGGCGUGCGCAUGAUCCUCAUCGGGCCGCCUGGCGCAGGCAAGGGAACGCAGGCGCCCAAGAUCCUCCAGCGUUAUAGCAACCGUGUCUGCCACCUCGCCACGGGUGACAUGCUGCGCGAGCAGGUGUCCAAGAAGACCGAGCUCGGCGUCAAGGCCAAGAAGAUCAUGGACGAAGGCGGUCUCGUGUCGGAUGACAUCAUGAUCGGCAUGAUCAAGGACCAGCUAGAGAACAACAAAGCAUGCGUCAAGGGCUUCAUCCUUGACGGUUUCCCACGGACUGUUCCGCAGGCGGAGAAGCUGGACGAGAUGCUCGUGCAAAAGAAGCAAGAGCUCGAACACGCCGUCGAGCUCAGGAUUGACGACCAGCUCCUCAUCUCACGCAUCACCGGUCGUCUCAUCCACCCCGCUUCGGGCCGGUCCUACCACAGGGAGUUCAACCCGCCAAAGAAGUCGAUGACCGACGACGUCACGGGCGAGCCGCUCAUCCAGCGGUCCGACGACAACGCGGAGACACUCAAGAAGCGUCUUGCGACCUACCACAAGCAAACGGGCCCCGUGACAGAAUACUAUAGAAAACGAGGCCUUUGGGAGGCUAUCGAUGCUGCACAGUCGCCGAGCGUCGUCUGGCAGAGCAUCUCCGGCAUCCUCGACGCGGGAAAGCCGCAGACACAACAGAAGCGGGCAUGAGGCGACGCCGGAAAGCCCUUGAAAUACACAAAAGGAGGCGUUGGUUAUGCCAUCGCUUCUGUCGGGAAAUGGAGGCAGGAGAACCGGGGCUGAAGCCAGCAGGUCAGCUCUGGC